AUGGCUGGAUUAAUCUCCUGGGGCAAAAAAUUGUUGCUGGCCCCCUGUUGACCCCCACUUUAGUCUAUAUGGCAGUUUCAUUGUUUCCCUUGAAACAACCAGUUCCCUACAGCUGUAAUAAUUAUGUGAUCAAUCAAUUAGUGUACUGAUGGAAAAUUAAUUGGGUACAAUUUCAAAAAAAUGUCAAAGAUUCAAUGGUACCAGCUUCUUAUACAUGAAUAUUUGCUAUUUCUUGCUGUUGACUUUCAAACAACAAAAGAAAGUUUUAAUAAAUUUACCUUCAGGGAAUAAUGAUAGGUAUUUUUCACUUUUUUAUGUAAUUUUAUUCACCAAAGAAUCAAUUGAUUAUCAAAGAAAGUAACAGUCAAAUUGAUUGAUAAUGAAAAUUGUUGGUUGCAGCCUUACAGUACUUCUAUUAUGGUAUUACUACCUUGCCUCAAGUGUUCUGUGGACAUUCAGAAAUAAUAUCAGCAGUUUGAUUAAAAAGAACAACUUUACAACAAAUUAACUCAACAUAAAGUAAAACAGUUUAGGCUUUACAACUAGAUUUUAAAGACUCAGAUGACAUGGAGUAACCCUGGGGCUUUUAGAGUGCCUGGGCAGUUGUCCACUUUGCCAAGCUUGUGAUCAAGCUUUACUAAUAUGCAUGGCUUUGUGUUAAAGUCACUUGUGUUACUUAUCUGGUCACACAAACUUUGUGGCUUAAUGUGCCAAAUGAACUGUAAAUAGAAAAUUUAAUAUUAAGCAGUACUUCAUUUUGUAUUUUGACUAUAAUAUUGUACCCUACAAAUUGUGUAACUGUACAGUGGUCAUACAGAUUUAAGAUGCUUUAGUGUUUCAUAUGCAGCAUUAUGCACAUUAAUAUCCUAACAAACAGGAAGAGUGCAGAGUUUUUAAGAGCCUCCGGUAAAAUAUAGCAAACCACUCAAUACAAGGACAUGCAGAAGAGUGGGUGAAAGCAGCAGUAAUAAAUAUAAAUGUAGUAAAUAUAGAAAGGCAACAACACUAUUUGUAUUGUUAUUGUUUUUGUUUGAUAAGUAUUUUAAGGGACAUGGACAGGAACAGGUGGCAUAAGAUGAGUGGUAUAUUAAAAACCUGAAUUUCGGUGAAAUUAAAUGAAACAUGUAUUUAACAUAUCAUGAUCCGUUUCUUGUCCAAAUUGUCUGUGACCACAUAGUUGCCGGGUGAACUCCCUCGACUGUCUGUAAAAGUUUGGGCAUAGCACUCUCUUGCCUGUCAGGUUUCCCCAAAGAAAGAAUCUGAAUGUGUGCCAUGAAUAUGCUAUAAAACCCUUUGUGCUGGAUAAUGAUUAAAGUCAAAUAUUGAAUACCAGACUAACUAUACAAAACUCUACAAAACUGAACAACAUAUUCCACUUUGUUUCUGGAUAAAGAUUCACAUGACAUCUAGCUGUUGCUGAGACGUCUAAUCAUGUGUGGAACUGCUCUGUCUGAAGAAUAAAGCAAACGAUAAGGCAAUAAGUGUAUAAAAACAGCUAAAGGCUCCACUGGCCCUCUGAGAAAGAUGACUAACAUAACAAAGGAGGACCUGCUGGCUUUGUGAACUUCCUGUGGGGAAGUAUUGAAACCAAAUCAGGUUAGGCCACAUCUGCUCUGUCCAUACGGCAUGGAUCACUUUCAGAGCAGUUCAAAGGCCAGCCUUUUAGACCUACUCACAGAGGAAGGAGAGGGGCAGCUGGGAACACAUGCAGAGGACAGACACAUUGCAAACACACAUUCUGGUUUACCAGCAUAGUUUUGGUCAACUUUUAUAGACAAUUUAGAAAAACAUCCUCAAUCUGGUGGCUUUUUUGUUAUCUGAUUAUAAUUAUUAGCUUCUGCUACAUGUCUAAUCAGGCUGGGAGACGGUGGGCAACGCAGCCGCACCCUAACCCCUCCUACAGAAGUAGGCCUCCUUUUCAAGACACAGCUAUGGAGCUAACAUUAUCAACAAACAGGGAGGGGGUAGACCAUAAAAUGACUGAACCACAAUUUAUAGUUAACCAGCUCCACUGGUGGCGUGAAUCAUAAUGAUUAUAAGAAAAACCACUAGUCUAGCCAGUCCUUGAGGAAUUUCCAAUAUCCUUUGAUUUUUGCUUUUUCUGUUGCAAGUUGAUAGACUCAAUUACUGGACUGAGUAAAGAGCAAAGAACAUGAUGAGAUGCAGACGCUGUCUUAAAGGGGUUCUCAGCAAGUCUGUGUUGCACUUUCAUAAAGUUGCGGGAGACUAAAAAAGAAUGAUCAAAAUUGAUGGAUCAGUGGGCCAGAUAUCAAGAUCUAAAGCCAAUAGUAUGGUUCAAGCUCCAAAACACACGUUUGGAUCCUACAGUUCACAUAAUACAGCUUGAUAGAGCCUUUAAAUAACUUUCUGUUUAAAGUUUCAACGCCCCAAUCCACCAUAACCCUGAUGUCUACAGGGCCCCCGUAUUUCCUCAAGCACCCAAAAACCAACUAGUAGUUCUACUAGAGCUUAAUUGAUAAGUCAAUUAAUAUGUUUUUAAAGCAAUAAUAUUAUACACCGGACAAUCAAUUGAUUAUUAAAGAAAAAAAUAGUCGGAACUACUGAUAUUGAAAGUUAUUAUUGGCUGUAGCCUUACAGAUCUUCUAUGAUGGAAUAAUAAUACCUUGCCUGAGGUUUUACUGUGUCUUAACUACAUGACACACAGAAAAAAAAUGGAAGCCAUUUAAUAAAACACAACAAACAACCACAAUAUAAACUAAAACAGUAAGUCUUAAAACUAGAUUUUGACACUAUAAUAUAAUCUAUUUGAUACUGUAGCCUAUGCCAGUGGUGCAAAUUUGUAACAAAUCAGUGAUUAAUUAAAAAUUAAAAACCUGCCAGCCUUGCCCCUGUAACGAUUAUAGCCUACUGACCUCAUGUGUAACAUCUAUGGAAUGUCCCUUUAAAAUAGAAUAUAAAAAAUAAAUAAAUAUUUAAAUAUUCAGUGUGCAUGUGUGUGUUUGAGUGAGAGAGAGAAAGAGAGCGACCUUGUUUUCAGAGUUGGUUUCAGAUUAAUUGUCCAUAGGCUGAAGCAAAGUCAGCCUAUGCCGAACAGCUGAGCAAAAUAACUGAUUAGUGACUACAGAAAAGUGACUACAGAGGACAAGCAUAUCCAGCUCCAUAUCUUUAUGUUCCUCCUCCCACGCCCUUUCCGUCUUUGACAGCUGAGAGUCCUUUGGACUAAAGCCUCGAAAACAACCAUCACGUUGUUACUGAAGAAGCUAGAGCCCGGGGUAGUAGCACAGGCUCCAAAGGAAAAAAGUCAGUUUUCUUGCCCCCUUUUACCCCUGUGGGAAACUGCGAGACCGCCCCUGGAUUAAGUCCCCGCCUUUAAACUCAAAUAAGAAGGAAACUUCAAAGGCCGUCGGCCGCCGGGGCUCCGCCCUCGCACUCCCGGACGGCUUCACAAAGGAUUUGCCGACGUUCGGGAAUUCCGCCUCCAGUUCCUUUUAUAGCGCCACUCGUGCGCUGGCAGAGCUCCAGGAUCCCGCCCAUCCCGGUUACUUUGACAACACAAAGGACUUCACGGAACUCGCAGGCGCCGCCUACCUUUCCAAAUAAGGGCAGUCUCUCCAUGUACGGCAAACAAUCGCUGCGAGAUUGCCCUUUUCUCUUCCUUAUCCCGUUUAUAUGAUCGGAGAGGAACUGCGCUUCAGGUUGGAAGCGGUGCGAUCAUGGCCGAGCGAGUCCAGCAGCCCCCAGCCAAGCGGCUCUGCUGCCGGCCCGGCUACAACCCGGCAUGCAGGCAGGGGCAGCGGGCUGGAGGAGUCCUGUGUGGCGGCGCAGGGUCCGCUCCGGGAGGGUCGGGGAAUGGAAAAACGCACAACCCCGAGUCGUUGCUCGACAUCGCGGCACGCAGAGUCGCGGAGAAGUGGCCGUUCCAGAGGGUGGAGGAGCGGUUCGAGAGGAUCCCGGAGCCCGUCCAGCGGAGGAUCGUAUACUGGUCAUUCCCGAGAAGCGAGAAGGAGAUCUGUAUGUACUCCUCUUUCAACGCCGGAGGAGAGGAAAGUGGAACUAGCGGGGACAAUAAUGACGAGACCCAGCUGCCUUUCCUACGGGGUGUCACUCUGCUAGAGGGUGGCUGGGUGGACAACGUAUUGCAAGUCGGUUUCCAUCUGAGCGGCACAGUGACGGACCCCGCCACACCCUCGUCCCCAGAGCUUGUAUGCAGCGUGAGCGUCAGCUUCGACCGCUGCAAGAUCACGGCGGUAACAUGCACCUGCGGAAACAAAGACAUCUUCUACUGCGCCCAUGUAGUGGCGCUGUCGCUUUACAGAGUACGGAAGCCCGAGCAGGUCAAACUGCACCUGCCCAUCUCAGAAACCCUGUUCCAGAUGAGCAGAGACCAGCUGCAGAAGUUUGUCCAGUAUCUCAUAUCAGUUCACCACACAGAGGUGCUGCCUACCGCACAGAAACUGGCCGACGAGAUUCUGUCACAGAACUCGGAAAUCAACCAGGUCCACGGGGCCCCAGACCCCACAGCAGGAGCCAGUGUGGACGAUGAGAACUGCUGGCACCUGGAUGAGGAGCAGGUUCAGGAGCAGGUCAAGCUUUUCCUUUCCCAGGGAGGGUACCAUGGUUCCGGCAAGCAGCUCAACCUGCUCUUCAGCAAGGUGAGGGAGAUGCUGAAGAUGCGUGACUCCAACGGAGCGAGGAUGUUAACACUGAUCACAGAACAGUUCAUGGCCGACCCUCGGCUGGCACUGUGGAGACAGCAGGGCACCACCAUGACCGACAAGUACAGACAGCUCUGGGAUGAGCUGGGGGCCCUGUGGAUGUGCAUCGUACUGAACCCGCACUGUAAACCAGAGCAGAAGUCAUCAUGGCUGCGCCAGCUGCGCAGAUGGAACAGUGUGGACGUCUGCCCCUGGGAGGAUGGUAACCACGGCAACGAGCUGCCCAACCUCACCCACUCACUGCCUCAGGGUGCCCAUGGCAACCAAGAGAUGCGCCCCCACAGGACUGUGUUCACACGAGCCAUUGAGGCCUGUGACCUGCACUGGCAGGACCGACACCUCCAGCACAUUAUUGCCAGUGACCUCUAUGCCAACUACUGUUACCAUGACAACCAGGAGGGUUCCCUCUUCGACUCACGCGGGUGGCCUUUGUGGCACGAACAUGUCCCGACGGCCUGUGCCAGGGUGGAUGCUUUGCGUUCACACGGUUACCCAAGAGAAGCCCUCCGACUAGCCAUCGCUGUGGUAAACACGUUACGACGGCAACAGCAGAGACAACUGGAGCACUUCCGCCGGCACAAGAAAGAGUUGCUCCAUAAAGGCCAUACCUCCAUAACCAACAUGGAGGGCUGGGUGGGACACCCCCUGGAUCCUAUCGGUACCCUGUUCAGCACCCUGACAGAGUCAGGACGAGCGGGAGAGGAGGGCUCCAACACCUGCUUAGACCUCUCAGACUGCUCCAGUGUUGUAAGCCGAGCAGAUCUCCAGCGAAUGCCUGUGCAGCGAUUGCUGGGAGACGGCGAAUCGUACGUGGCCCUGGCAGUGGAGACGGCUCUGAUUGGCUUAGGCCAGCAGCGGGUGAUGCCUGACGGGCUGUACGCUCAAGAAAAGGUGUGUCGCAAUGAAGAGCAGCUAUUGGCCAAGCUGCAAGAAGUGGAACUGGACGACUCCCUGGUCAAAAUCUUCCGUAAACAGGCCGUCUUUCUGCUAGAGGCUGGUCCGUACUCUGGCCUCGGAGAGAUCGUCCACAGAGAGAGUGUUCCCAUGCACACCUUCGCCCGCUAUCUCUUCACCUCUCUCCUACCUCACGACGCUGAACUGGCGUACAAAAUUGCACUGAGAGCCAUGCGGUUGCCGGUGUUGGAGUCAACGGCCUCGUCAGGUGACCUGUCGCGACCCCACCACAUCGUAUCCGUGGUGCCCAACCGCUACCCGCGCUGGUUCACCCUGAGCCACAUAGAGUCUCAGCAGUGUGAGCUGGCCUCCACCAUGCUCACUGCUGCCAAAGGUGACAGUCGGAGGCUGGAGACAGUCCUGGAGUCCAUCCAGAAAAACAUCCACUCUUCGUCUCACAUCUUCAAACUGGCACAGGACGCGUUCAAGAUCGCCACCUUGAUGGACAGCCUACCUGACAUCACACUUCUCAAAGUCUCUCUGGAGCUGGGACUGCAGGUGAUGAGAAUAACUCUGUCCACAUUAAACUGGAGAAGGAGAGAGAUGGUGCGCUGGUUAGUCACAUGUGCCACUGAAGUGGGUGUGUACGCGCUGGACAGCAUCAUGCAGAGCUGGUUCACCCUCUUCACCCCCACAGAAGCCACCAGUAUCGUGGCCACCACUGUCAUGUCCAACAGCACUAUCGUCCGCCUCCACCUGGACUGCCACCAGCAGGAGAACCUGGCUUCAUCCGCCCGCACCCUCGCCCUGCAGUGUGCCAUGAAGGACCCCCAGAACUGCGCCCUCUCUGCUCUCACACUCUGUGAAAAGGACCACAUUGCCUUCGAGACAGCCUACCAGAUUGUACUGGACGCGGCGGCGACAGGGAUGAGCUACACACAGCUGUUCACUAUAGCUCGCUACAUGGAACACCGCGGUUACCCGAUGAGAGCCUAUAAGCUAGCGACGUUAGCUAUGGCUCAUCUGAACCUCAGUUACAACCAGGACACACACCCGGCCAUCAACGAUGUGCUGUGGGCCUGCGCCCUCAGCCACUCGCUGGGGAAGAACGAGUUAGCUGCUGUUAUCCCCCUGGUGGUCAAGAGCGUGAAGUGCGCCACCGUGCUCUCGGACAUUUUGCGGCGGUGCACGCUCACCACGCCGGGCAUGGUGUCGGCACUGCACAGCCGCAGGAACUCUGGGAAACUGAUGUCCCUGGACAAGGCGCCACUCAGGCAGCUGCUGGACGCAACCAUCGGGGCCUACAUCAACACCACACACUCGCGGCUCACACACAUCAGCCCGCGCCACUACAGCGAAUUCAUUGAGUUCCUGGGGAAAGCCCGGGAGACUUUCAUGAUGGCUCACGACGGACACAUCCAGUUCACCCAGUUCAUAGACAACCUGAAACAGAUCUACAAGGGCAAAAAGAAACUAAUGAUGCUGGUGAGGGAGAGGUUUGGCUGAGGGUAAAGCUGGGGGUCACCAAAAGCUCCCCUCCCCACUCUAGUACUUUUCUAUUAACUUGAGUCUGCCUUUUGAACUUCUUUUGGACUUAUAAGAUAGACAAGUAAAAAAGAGGGAUGUGACUUGUAGAAUGAAGCAAAAAGAGAAAGGAAAAGAUGACAAAAAAAUCAACAGAGCCACACGCGGUAUUAUUGUUCUUGCUGUUGUUAUUGUUAUAAACAUUAUUACUAUUAUUAUUAUUAAUAAUAUUAUUACUACUAUGUGUACAGAAGUGUUUUUAUUUUUCAGAAGAGAGGAAAUUUGUCACGUUGUGAAUGUUGUGUGUAUUUCUCUACAUGUGUGCGAGAGGAAAAUGAAAAGUGAAAUGGCUUUUUUUUAAUUUUUGUUCCUUUAUUUUUAUGAUUUAAAACAUCAUUUUUCCCUUUUUCAGUGUAUAUUGAGUUAUAUGUUGUCAAGUGGCUGAAGCCCUUCUACAAUAGCGCUCAUGUAAAAACAAAAGGAAAAAAAAAAAAAGAAGAAGAAGAAGAAAAAAAAAUGUCUCGGCAUCCUCAAAGAGAAACUAAGGCUUUAAACCACACAGAGCACCUCCCUCUGUCUAGGCCCUCACCGGGGGGCGCUGGGCAGCACUGCACAGCUCGGCUCGGCUCGGCUCGGCUCGGCACGGCACGGCACAGCUUGGUUUAGCACUGACAGAAAGCCGCCAUCAGCAUUUCUACAGACACAGCAGUAGCAGCAGCAGCAGCACUUCAGCAGCCAUUAGUUUUCUCUGGGUCCCAGGCAUUAGCAUCAUUACACACAACAAUGCUCUUAGCUAACUCGUGUUGUUGUUAUUGUUGAAAUCUCACCCGCCUCCAUAGUGAGUACCUGUUUUACCUGUUUUCCAGAGAACAGUGUGCAGGUGCUACAGUGAUGGCACAUUAGACAAAGAUAAUGAGUAUUAUUGUUACAUUAUUGUAAUGUACAGCUGUGAUUUUUAACAGCUCAGAUUUGGCUAAAUGACUGAUAUAUAGUUGAGUUUUCUAGGUAAAGCAGAUACCCAGAGGGAGACGACUACCUCAUGACAUGGUAUUGAACCUGCUCCCAGUUUUUUUUUUUUUUUUUUCUUUUUUUUCUUUUUUUUUUUUGCUAUCAUGAUAUUUAUCAUCCAGGAUAGCUGACAGUGUUAAUUAAACAAGAGAUUCACUCGUGAGACCAAGGUUAUGAGGCGAUCUAGAGUCAGAUUCCUGCUGAGUGUUUCUGUGCUCGGCUCUGCUGUAACGUCACUGCCCUGGCAUCGGUACUUACAACCCCCCUCCAAAAAAAAAAAUCAAAAAAAAAAAUUGGCUCUGACAUGCUCAGAAGAUGUGUCAGUAUGUCAGUCCCCCUUUCAUCUCUACAGCCACCAUUGUACGGUAUUUUCAGACUAGGCCAGUGUCAUUUCCCUCUGUGCAUGUGAAUCAUAGAAAUUAGACUUUCUACUGUUAUAGUUCAUUGUGUGGAACCUUCAGUAAUUGUCAACCAGAACGUUCUCAGGGAUUUCUCUACACAGGAAAAAGGCGGAACAAAUGAACGACUGACUACAGGAAAAAGACAAAAACAUGACACAACAUGAGCGAGCAUUUAUUGUACUCUGUAUAUAUGCCAUAGUAUAUGUCUGAAUAUGGAGGAUCUGAAAGUAUAUGUUAACUAAUUUAUACAGAGUAUUCUAUGUAAUGUGAAAUACUUGAAGCCGCUGUAGUUUGCUCUCUCUUGCUCUCCUUCUCUUUCUCUCUCUUGUCUUCUCUUUUUGUUUCUCUUUUUGUUGAAAACAGAACAUAUCAGAAGGACUAGACUGACGGCUUUUUGGACUCACAGGGCCACAUGUGUUCAUACUUGAGACGCUGGAUCCCGUCAGAGAUGCAGGUUGAGUCAAAUUGGUGUUGGCGGAAAAAACGUUGAUCAUUCCUGCUGACUACAGCAUAGGAAGGGAAGGGAAGGGAGGAAGACUACUUUAGGCCAUUGGUCGAUAAAUGUUUGAAAACACAAUACAGGAUUUCUUGAAGUACUUAAUUGUGCAUGUAAGCUGUUGUACUAGCAUAGUUUUCGGGGAAAAAAAAACUAUAAUGUGCUUUACACAGGAGCUAAUUGGAGCUGAAUCUGGUUAAAAAAAAAAAAAAAUCAUAUAUUACGUGUCCAGCCUUAUAUGCAUUUAAGGACAUCUCUUGGUUGAAGUCUGCUUCAUUCUGCAGUAAUAUAACCUUUGUCAGAGUAACUUAAUAGUCGUGCAACUCAGUAAGACUCACAGUGAUAAUUAUGCACAGGUUCAAUCUAUCUGAGAUUUUUUUAAAAAUGAGUCUCCUCAGUUCUCCCUUCCAUUCACUGCAGAAUUUCCAGUGUCUCCUCUGCAAUGUUCAGCUGUCCUGUCAUUAAUUGCCUUUUUACCUUCUUCUUUAUAUCUGAUUUUUCUUCUCUCUCUUUCUCUCUCUUUUUUUUUCUGUGCAUCUUUUUCUAUCUUGUGUUGAUUAAAGAUAAAAGCAGCCUUUUCUCUUGCCUUGUCUUAACGCUUUAAAGUAACCAAACAGGAGAUCUAUCUAACAACCAAACGCGUUCUAAGAGGUGAGAGACAACCCACCUUGGUCCCAGCUUUAGUGUCCUUAAUUAGUAAGUGAAUGGCUGUGUAACUCAUGCUUUAACAAAGCAAUUCCUCACGUGUGUUUGGUGAAAAAAUACAUUGUCCAGUGUCUCUUGUUCUCUUCAGAAACAAUUUCCUCUGAGUCUUUCUAGCUGUUUUUAUUUCAUUUUAUUUUUUUGUUUGUGUAGGAAUCUUCUGCUCUCCCAUUUUAUUUAUUACAAUGACCCAUGUAUACAUGCUUAUGAAAUUAAGAUUUGAUACACCGAUAUCAAUUUAUUUAUGUAACUAAAUCACUGUUUUAUAAUCUUGUUAAUGAGUCAAUAAUUGAUUUUUUUGUUUUUGUUUUUUGUUUUAAUAAAAGUUAGUUUUUUGAAAUGUA